UUCACAUGUCAAAUGUUAAACAGCUGUAAUAUUGAACCGGAGGUUUUGAUUACAAUUCUUUUGCGAAACGAGAUCGCCAUUUUGGAACCAAGCGUCGCCAAUCAAUUGACAAGGAAAAUUUAAAUUCCCUAGAGAAAAUAAAUACCAGAAAUAUUUAAUAUUGAAAUUUAAUUUAACAAUGGCUAAUUUGGAAGAAAAUCAAAAAUCAAAAAUUUUGAUUCAGCCAAAACGAAAUGACACAUUGACACAAAUAUUUCAUAUAAAAGGAGAUCGUCCGAUUAUAAAAAAAUAUCCAGAUAUGGAUGUUGCCAGAGCAACUCCCGAAGCAGAAUUAAUGAGAGCACGACGAGAUUUAAUACAGGCUGAAAAUGAGUUAAAAGAAAAAUGGAAAGAACAAGAAAUUAAAAAAAUCGAUAUAAAUCAACAAUGGAGCGAUUUAAGAAAUAAAGAAAAUUCAUUGCGACAAUCAUUUAUAGAAUAUAAUAAGCUUGUUAAAGAAAAUCGUGAGAAAAGAGAACGAGCUGAGAAAAAAAUUUCUGAUGAAGAAGAACGUCAAAAAUUAAGAGAAAAAGAAAUUUUAGAUUUAAAAAAAAAUAUCGAGAAAUUCUCUGAAGCUCGUGACAAAAUGAAAAAUUACGUCAAUGAUUAUAAAAUUUAUCAAAAUUAUCUUGAAAAAGUGGUAAAUGAAACUAAUGAAUUUCAAUCAAUACCGGAAAUUUUUAAUCGUUAUGAAACAUUAAUUGAGGCUAAAGAAUUAUUAUCUGAGAAUCAAGAUAAAAGUCUUGCAAUUUUAGAAGAAGCUAGUAAAAAUAUGCACGAAAUGACACAAACAAAAACAAAUAUGCUAAUGGAUUUGAGUAAUGAAUUGGCACAACUUCAAGGAAGAUAUGAUAGAGCAAAAGCAUUGGCAAUAAGAUGGGAAACAAUUGUUGCACGAAUAAAAGCAUCGGCGGCUGUAAAAAAUUCUGAAUUAACACAAAUGCGAGCGUGCUGUUGGAAUCUUUAUUCGCAAAUUUGCAAGAGAAAGGGAAUUGCAAUUGAAUUAGAUCCUAAUGAUUAUGAACAACAAUUAUUACAAAUUAAACGUACUAUCUUGGAAGUGAAAAGAAUCAUCAAAGUUGCCAAGAAGAAAGCUACGAAGCCUAUCAAGAGAGAAUAAAAAUUAAAAGCAUAAUAUUAUAAUUAAUUAUAACUUCA